AUGUCAACGAUACCAGAUCCCUUCUAUGAUCAAGGACAAUGUAGGACGUGGGAAAAGUUAGCUCAGACGAAGGCCAGAGGAGCAGAGUAUAACUCGAAUGAGCGCCGACACUUCUCGCGAUGUCUACCGGGAACACGGAAGGAGCUUUUUGACGAGCUAUGGGAUGUGAUGACAGGGGAAGCACAGCAGGUCGUCUGGCUCUUUGGGGAGUCAGGAUCGGGGAAGUCGAGCGUCGCGUACACGAUGGCCGAAAACUUCGGCGCCCGGGACCAGCUUGCCGCGACGUUCUUCUUCUCCCGAACGCAUGUUGGCCGGGGCGACACAAAACUCGUGUUCCUCACCCUCGCAUAUCAGAUCGGCCUCCUCCAUCCCAGGGCAAGGUCAAUCAUCACCAAGGCCAUCGCCGAUGAUCCAGAACUUCUCUCCCCUACAAAGUCUUGGCGAGAUCAGUUUGAGCUUCUGGUCAAGGCACCUUUGCAAAGUCUGAAAAAUGUUUGGAAGACACAGCCUAGGGUGAUGAUACUGGACGCCGUUGAUGAAGGGGUGACAAGCGAUAGAGACGCCAACGAGUGCCUGAUAUUCGCCAUGAAGGAACUCGUUCAUGAUCGUGACAUACCUAUUUCUCAUAUUCUGGUGACAAGCCGCCCUGAUCCUUUGCUAGUCAACGCUUCACAAAGUCUAGCGAUCAAAUGCCAACUUACAACACUCGAUAUGUGGCGUUUCAGUUCCAAUCACGACGUCGAGCUCUUCCUGCGGCAUUCCUUUGACGAGCUCUACGUAACUCAUGGCAUUGAGUUCCUCUACGAAGGACCGUGGCCAUCUUCUGCUGUUAUAAGGGCGAUGUCCGCCCGCAUCAAGGGUAGAUUCAUUGUUGCUGCAACACUCGUCAGGCUCGUCGAAAAAGCCGAAAGCCCAAGCGACUGUCUCGACCUGAUCUCCAAGAUGUACGAUGGAACCGUGGACACCAUUGACCUUGACCUCGGUGACAUCGAUUCAAUCUACCGCUACGUGCUCUCCUCUUGCGAAGACCGUUAUCAUCGAUCGGGAGUUGAGCAUUUGUCGGACAUCGUGGCCCUGGCAAGACCGUUGACACUAUUCGACAUCUGCGCGUUGUUUGGUAUGGACAUUUCGAAGAACAUUCUACAUCUUUCGGCUAUCAUUGAUCUUCCUCCGGAUCCCAUGCGCUCGUCGAGGAUUGUGCAAGUGUAUCAUGUAUCCAUCAGAGACUACUUGUGGGAUGCUUCGAGGUCCGGAGACCUCUAUGUUUCUUCAUCUAGUUCACACACCCGUCUGGCCAGUCGGUGCCUUCGGAUUAUGAAACAGAAGUUGAGAAAAGACGGACCUCAAGCAGAAGAUAGAAAAGAGGCCAAGUCUCUUCGAUACGCUGUGUCGUACUGGGGUUAUCACCUACAACGCUCGGAACCAAGUCGGCAAAUUCAAGCUCUAGUCCUUGACUUCACCAGGAAUCGAGCGACAAUGUUUCUAGAGAAAGCCACCUCUAUGCGCCAAUUUGGCGAAGCAAUGUACGGUCUCAUUCACGCCAAGUUUAUAAUCAUGAGAUGGAAGCCCUUUCCAUACCAAGACGAGAUUUUGACUCUGCUAGAGCUUCACUGGCGAAACCACAACCCCUACCUCGCUCGAAAGUUGACAACGCCGGGAAUAUUACACGAGGAGCACACUGGGGGACCUCCAUCGGUUCCUAUGCGCCCGAAUCCGGGUCCGUGGUCACCGCUGUACACUAGGGGACCUCCGUCGGUUCCCAUGCACUGGAAGCCGGCGAUGUGGUCCCAGCAAAGCAGCAGCGGUCCUCCACCUCUUUCAACGUCUUGGAGCGUGCAAACGCGCCCAUAUCAAGUGCGAUAGCUUCGAGUGUUGAGGAAUGGAGACCGCCUCGCGAAGUUCAUAACGGGCACUUCACUACAAAGCUAAUUGUUAUUUACGCUGCGGAGUUUUAUUAUGAAG